GACCAUAAAGGAGGAGCGCAGCGCGCGCACUAACACACCGCUGCCUCGAGGACACAUCUUUCUGUUCCUCCUGGAUUUUAGAGGGAGAGGAGAGGGGAGAGGGGGAAACUCUCUUUUAAUUUCUGCUUCUUUUCUGCUUCUUUGAUUCACUCAUUUGUGGCGUUAGAUCCCGACAGUUAGUUUGACUCUGUGAGGCGGACAUGGAGCCCUCCACGGUCCCCGGAGCCGCAGCGCAGCUCUCCCUGUCCGACCUGUACUCGGUCAUCCCCUUUAACGUCACCUUCCCGGAGGAGCUGGCCGAGCUGAACGCCACCGACCCCGGGAGCCCGGUGAGGGGCGCCGGGGGGAUGGUCAUCGCCGUGUCCAUCACGGCGCUCUACUCGGUCAUUUGCGUCGUGGGACUGCUGGGCAACGUCCUCGUCAUGUACGGAGUGGUCAGAUACACCAAGAUGAAGACAGCCACAAACAUCUACAUCUUUAACCUGGCCCUGGCCGAUGCCCUGGCCACCAGCACGCUGCCUUUCCAGAGCGCAAAGUACCUCAUGAACACCUGGCCCUUUGGACAGGCUCUGUGCAAGCUCAUCAUCGCCAUUGACUACUACAACAUGUUCACCAGUAUCUUCACCCUCACUAUGAUGAGUGUGGACCGCUACAUCGCUGUGUGCCAUCCCGUCAAGGCAUUGGGCUUUCGGACACCGGUCAAGGCCAAGAUGAUCAACGUCUUGAUAUGGGUCCUGUCGUCCGCGAUUGGGGUGCCGAUUAUGGUUAUGGCUGUGACCAGAGUGACAGAGGCUGGUAACAUUACAUGCAUGUUGAAAUUUCCUGACCCUGACUGGUACUGGGACACCGUGACUAAGAUCUGUGUUUUCAUCUUCGCCUUUGUGGUCCCUGUGAUGGUCAUCACUGUUUGCUACGGCCUGAUGAUCCUGCGUCUGAGGAGCGUCCGUCUGCUUUCGGGCUCCAAGGAGAAAGACCGCAACAUGCGGCGAAUCACCCGCAUGGUCCUGGUUGUGGUGGCGGCCUUCAUCAUCUGCUGGACCCCCAUCCAGAUCUUUAUCAUCGUGAGGACGAUGGUGGAGAUCGACACCAGGAAUCCUUUUGUCAUAGCCAGCUGGCACUUGUCCAUCGCCUUGGGCUACACCAACAGCAGUCUCAAUCCUGUCCUCUAUGCCUUUUUGGAUGAAAAUUUCAAGCGAUGCUUCAGGGAUUUCUGCCUGCCCUGUCGGACCCGCAUGGAGCAGAACAGUGUGACCAGCGCCCGCAACACCACCCGGGAGCCGGUGUCUGUCUGUGCUCCGACCGAGGCAGGAAGGAAGCCUGCAUGACUAGCCAAGGAGAGGGUCCCGCUUAACUCCAACAUGAGCACAAUCCAUCAAGAUCCACGGUCACAGGACACCCUGAUCUCCACCACAGAGUUUUGAUGCCCAGUGAAGGUAAAGUACUGGGGUAAAAUAAGCUGGAAUCUCUGAGCGCACUGUCAAAAACAGUGUCUGACUUUGACAGAUUGUCCAAAGCCCAUCAUCCUACGUCAAGAUCAUGAAACAGAAUGCUCUUAGUUUUCAGCUCAGAGUGAGAUGGUAGAAGAGUUGAAGAAAACAGCAGCAGCUGGUACACUUUGAAGGAUUUCAGUGAUUGCGUUGGCAGGUGAAACACCCACAUCAGCAAAAAACAGCUUCAGUGUUCUCACAAUGUGAGAAAUAUAUGACACACCAAACCAACGACGGCUCGGUGGAAGAGUCCUCCCCUUGAACAGAUUUGAUCAAAAGGAGGCCACAACGAACUGUGCUGCACUAGAAUGAGUGAUUAGAGUAUUUUAAAGUGUUUCUUGUUAAUAUUUAGAAGUACAAUCAAUUUCAAAUUAGAUGGAAGGAUACAUAUCACAAAACGUCUGUGUCUGGGUGUCUGUAGGCCUACUUUGGGAUCAACAUUUGUUGGUACUCAGCUGUCCACUGGAGACCACCUCUGGCUGCCUCAACCAUGACGACGGCUUAAUGCCUGAAGACUAAUACUUCAGAGGCCGCCAGUGACAUUCUGUUCAAUUUUACUCCAUGACAAUAAUUAGAAAAAGAAACUCUGGCAUCUGUCUCGCUCUGUUGAACACUUGUGAAAAGUUUGCGGUGCUCUCUGAAGCAAUGACUUACUCUGGGAAAUUAAGCUUCCUCAACCAACAGGAAUCAGACCGGAGCCAGCAGUCCUGGAAACAGAGACGGAGGUGACGGAUGAUGACUUCAGCUGAGCGGACAUGCUUUACACGACCGUUUGUAAAAGAAAUCAAAUCCAACUCAAACGUGGGUUUUCCUGCAAGUUCAGAGUUGAAAUUAUGACAACAGAGAGAGGUGUUUGAGAGACAUUAAGCACAUCUGAACUAGUAUGUAGCUUUUCAAAACUAUUAACACUACUUUCACUUUUCACCAUUUUCACUUUGUGUUGCAUUAAAACUAGUGUGGGAUUCAAUAAAAUUAUUUUUAAUGGAGUUAAUUGCAGGGUCUGUAAUUAACUUAAGAAAAGGUGGAACCAUUACCACAUUGUAAAUGAGGUAAACUUUUGCAUUAAAACAAUUUAAUCUUAAGUUACUUUAAGAGAAAUGCUGAGGUGCUUUGUGAUCGGUUCUGCUUUGAAUAUUAAGGUUUUGCUGCUGUUUGUUUAUUUCACGCAGAAAAAUACGAGAAUCCAAGUGAAAAUACUUCAUGUGUAAAAACGGCCUAAGAAACUGUGUUGGACUUUCUCACUGGCUCCAAGAUGGAGACAAUAAAUAAUACAUGCUCUGUAAACAACAUGAGAUGUAAAUGUACAGCAUGUGAUUUGUUUCCUUGUGUUACUGUAUUGUGUGAUGUAGUGUGUAUAGCUGUUCAUUCUAUGACCAUUGCUGCCUUUGUUGGGUGAGUGAAUGUCUCUCAGAGCACAUAACCUUUACAAAUUCAAAUAUCUUCAGGAUAGAAUGUAAUGUUCUCUACAUCAUGGAUACAGAUAUUCAGUUUCCAGCAGAUAUUUUUUUAGGCUAACGGUGCCAAACAUGAUGCAGUUUCUUCUUCUUUUGGAUGCUUCCUGAAGGGAUCACUAGACUGAAUCAUUUGCAUUCAUUUCACUCUGUCCUCAAUGUUGUUAUUCACUACAUUCAUGAGCCUUGUUUUCUCUGUGACCUUCCUCUUCUCCGCCUGUAGCUUAGCUCCAAAUUCUAAAUCAUAUGUCCGUAUCCGUCCUCUCCUAACCAUCUUAGCCUCCCUGGCUUUCCAACCUAAGCUGUCUUUCUAAUACAUAAAUCUCAGCAGUAGCUGCGUUUCUAUUAACCAUAUAAUUGCGCAAUUUGACAUUUUGAAAAUGAAUUUGCUUAAUGGGAGCGUACCAAUUUGGAAAAACCCCGUUGUUUUUCCAUAAAAAAGUUGGUGUUAGGGUGAGGUGAUUUUUCUGGCUUUAUCAAAAGUGCAAUGGAAACACGAGUCACAUGAUCAACAACUUGAUGUUGCCACUGGCACAAAUCAUGAAGAAGACAUGUUUUAUUAAUGACUUAUUUACAUGGGAUAUUCAUGGAUUCUUAAUUAAUGGAAACAAUGCAAUUGUGGAAUUGUAUUUUUUUGACAUUAGCGGAAAAUUGAAAAAGUUUUUCUCACAUUUGUAAUGGAACCGCAGCUAAUAGAAACCUUUCCUUCAUCUCUGACUCUUGUUGCCAUUCUCUCCAUCCAGUUGGCCAGAGGUAAUUAAACUCACACUGUUCUUUUAGCCAGUAACUGCUCCUUCUGUUAAACCACAUAACCCUGCACCACAGAAAGAACGGGUAUAUCUGAAAACUAAAUAUUGUAGAAUCAAUCCAGUACCAGGUAAAUACAGGGCCAAUACCAAUCCUGAUAUCAAUAUUUUUUGAUUUACUUUUGAUAAUGCAUCAAACUUUUCACAACUUAGGUACCAGACGUUUCUCCUAUGUUUUGCUCAAACAUAGGAGAAAACAUGUUUGAGCAAAACAUGUUUUCAAGAAAGAAUGUUUUCAUUCUUUCUUGAAAGAAUGUUUCAAGAAUAUUUCUUGAAACAUUCUUUAAAACGCAAAAAAAAAAAGAUAAUUAGAAAGCAAAUCACAUUUUUUUUAGAUAAAGAGACCACAACACAAAAUAAAAAAAAAAAUUCAAGAGGGAAUCUGAAACUAAGACGCUCGUAUCAAUCCAAUACAGACACGACUUGAUAUUGAUAUUAUCGAUCUUUGUGAUUGACCCGCCUACUGAAAGCUGACACACCACUGUUUCUUAUCUUGCCACCUAAGUUGGUGUAUGGACUCACUUACCUCAUUCCUCACUCUGUAUUCAUAGAAUAAAGUUCUGAUGUAUUUUCAAAUACAAAGCAAGUUUAGGAUAAUUGCCAACAUUUAUCUACUCCAAGUUCACUGAACUCCAAAACACAGUCCAUCUGUUUGUCUUUGGUUAAUAACUGGAACACUAAUCAGUAUGUUUGAUGUAUAUUUUCUUGAUGAUGGGAUUUGACAAAAUGUAAUGCUUACUGUUUGUUUCAUAAUUGUUUACUGUGUUAUAUUUUAUGAUGUAAAGCACUUUGACCUGCCUGGUUCUGAAAUGUGCUGUACUAACUCGACUUGUAGUUAGCUGUGGUUUAAGGUGGCCUCUGUGUCAGGAAGGAUAAGUUUGUCCUAUUUUGACUCAUCAAGAUGGAAAAAUUUGCAGCUCCUCUUUUUCUUCUAGUUUUAGACAAAAUCGGAUAUUUCACUCAUAUCUUGUUUAUGUAAAGCUUCAGUGCUGUAUUUUUUAAAAUUUAUAUGUUGUUAAAAUUGUCAUUUUUUGUUUUAUUGCUUGAUACUUUGUUGCUGUAAAUAACUUAGCUUGAUGACAUUGUUGGUGUUAUGUUGUAGUUGUAAUGGCCUGUUAUCAUCUGGCUUUAUCCUGACCAGGACGUCCUGGAAAAAAAGAUGAAUAAUGCCAGUGGAUUUCUAUGCUGGAAAAUAAAGUUAAAUUA